AUUUUUAUAAAACGUCAUAAACACGUGGCUUAUUGUGAUUGGCUCUGGAGAGAGUGUGAGUAAAACAAACAUUCAUCGUCUCUAAUGUGUGGCAGCUGCUUGAAUUGAAAACUAGUGUGGGAGAAGGAGAAAGAGGAGAAUGGGAGAUCUCUAUGCUUUGGACUUCGAUGGAGUUCUCUGUGAUAGUUGUGGUGAAAGCUCUCUAUCUGCUGUUAAGGCUGCGAAAGUGAGAUGGCCUGCUUUGUUCCAAGGAGUUGAUUCCGCUUUAGAGGAAUGGAUCGUCGAUCAGAUGCAUACCGUGAGACCUGUGGUGGAAACUGGCUAUGAGACUCUUCUACUUGUGCGACUGUUACUGGAGACGAAGAUACCCUCUAUCCGAAAGUCUACAGUUGCAGAGGGAUUAACUGUUGAUGGGAUAUUGGAGAGCUGGGCAAAGAUUAAGCCUGUAAUCAUGGAAGCUUGGGAUGAAGAUAAAGAUGCUUUGAUCGAUUUGUUUGGCAAAGUUCGAGACGAUUGGAUGAACGAGGACUUGACAACUUGGAUCGGUGCCAAUAGAUUCUAUCCAGGAGUUUCAGAUGCACUCAAAUUUGCCAGCUCAAAGAUUUACAUUGUUACCACGAAACAGGGCCGCUUUGCAGAAGCAUUACUGCGUGAAAUAGCAGGUGUGAUCAUACCAUCGGAAAGGAUNGACUCAUCGGAAAAAGGGCCAAAGGUGGAAGUGCUAAAGCUUCUUCAAAAUAAACCAGAACAUCAGGGCCUGAUGCUGCACUUCGUGGAAGACAGACUUGCAACGCUGAAGAAUGUCAUCAAAGAGCCUGAAUUAGACAAAUGGAAUUUAUACCUAGGAAACUGGGGCUACAACACUGAGAAAGAGAGAGCAGAAGCAGCAAGCAUUCCCAGGAUUCAGGUUAUUGAGCUCUCCACAUUUAGCAACAAGCUUAAAUGAGUGCAGACUCAUCGGAAAAAGAAAAAGCUUUCCUUGUUUUUUAUUGUAUUCUACGUUUUUUAAGCGAAAUUCAUAAACCAAACUUGUCAAAGAAAUUUCUAAUAAGAUUCAGUAAAAGAGUUGAACUUU